AUGCCGAUCAUCAUGAACGGACAAGUUGUUCUUGUCGGCCAGAGCUUGGAGGCAGCGCUUCGAGCCUUGUCUUCAGACCCGGACUAUAUCGAAGGUCUCAAGAUUUGGGCUGAUGCAAUCUGCAUCAAUCAAAAAGACAUGAAUGAGCGUAACCUUCAGGUCAAGCGGAUGCGGAUGAUCUACGGCAAGGCGCUUAUUGUUUCCAUUUGGCUGGGCGAGGUUCCAGACAAGGCCAUACCUGAUAUGGCUCAACUCCAUGAAUUGAUUGUCAAGUCAACAGAUAAGGAGGCUUCAUCCGAUGUACUAGAAGUAGCAUUGGCCGAUCCAGAAAAGAUGGAAACCAUCAGGCGCGCCAUUGAUGUGGUCGUCAAGAAAACGUAUUGGACUCGAGUUUGGGUGAUCCAGGAGAAAUGUCUCGGUCCGGUCAAUCCAUCCAUUUUGUUUGGGACAUUCCGCAUGGGUUUAAUGCCACUUCAUAACUUCCUUCAGGCAGCCACAAAUAUCCAUGGUGCUGUGAGAGCUCGCGAAAAGGUCUGGCGCGUGUUGAAAUUGGUCGAGCUGGUCACUGCCAACCAAGAGCGUGUUCGCCGCUCACACUCACAAACGGACUCAGAGCGCAGGAAAGAUCAAGAUGAGCUUGGACUGCUUUUAAUGAUUGGCAGAAUGGCAGGAUCUCUUGACUUAAGAGAUCGCCUCUACGGAUUAAUGGGUAUGAUUCCGGAAUAUGUUGCCAAACAUAUCGAGCCUGACUACAAUAAAGAGGUGGAUGACGUGUUCUGCGAUUUUGCCAAGGCUCUUAUAACGGGUUUCAGUUCUUUUGAUAUCGUUCUCACUGGAACAUCGGAAUCGACGCUUACGCUCCCAUCUUGGGUACCAGACUUGACUUCGCCAUGGGAUCCUUAUCUCUGGGGUUCAGACUGUGACGCCAGCUGGGGUCAAAAGGCUGAGUUCAAAUUGGAGAAGGAUGAAAAGAUCCUAGUCACCAACGGCUACCUUGUUGAUGUGGUCGAUGGAAUAGCACCCUUCCUAGGAUGGAAACACGGAGAACUUGGGGUCUGGCAAGACGCUAUUCAGCCGACUUCUACGACAAUGCCGGAUGACCCGAAAGCGGCGAUAUUACGGACUUUGCAUCGAGCAGCAAUCUAUGACUGCUCUACGGGAAGCACUAUUCUCGAUAUACCCUGGCUCGAGAGCCUCAAACCUGACAACCCGGAUGUCAUGACUUUGAAAAAGCGUGGUUGGGACAAAGUUCUCAGACACGCCAACCUGAACGAUCUGACCCAAUUUCGGAAACAGGUCAACGCCCACUUUAAGCCGUGGGGUCGAGAGUUUAAGUCUUUUUUCCCCAGAGUGGAAGAUGCCGGCGAAUGCAAAGAUCCGAAACCGUUUUUGGAUUCACUAGACAAGCAUGUCGGCAUCGUGUACCCCGUUUUCGCCACUAUGGGAGGGCUUUUCGGAACAGCAGUACUCCAAGCAUUGCAGAAAGGGGAUUCAAUCUUUGUGAUACCAGGCUGCUCGGCGCCAAUAAUAAUGCGACAGGAAGCUGGCAAGUGGCAAGUCAUUACGCAAUGCUUUGUUGAUGGCCUGAUGCGUGGAGAGACGAAAGGGCGGGUGGAGGCCGGCACCUGCAAACUCAGUGUACUGAAAGUUGUUUAA